GCGGAGCAUGGUAACUUGGCUCCGGCUGCCCAGCCCUGGCCGGCUCGAGGGAGCGAUGCUGCUGGAGCACCAUGGACUCGCCUCAGCCCAGCCUCCGCCUCUGCCUCUGCCUCUGCCUCCUCUCCUGCCUCCUCUGCCUCGCCUCCACCGCCCGCGGAUGCUGCCUGGCGGAUCUCAACCUGCAUCCCACCAACGAAGUUAAUCUGCUGGAUUCAAAAUCAAUUCAGGGAGAGCUGGGCUGGAUUUCCUACCCAUCACAUGGGUGGGAAGAAAUAAGUGGUGUUGAUGAGAACUACACACCAAUCAGAACCUACCAGGUUUGCAAUGUUAUGGACCACAGUCAGAACAACUGGCUGAGGACAAACUGGAUACCACGCAACUCAGCUCAAAAGAUCUAUGUGGAGCUCAAGUUUACCCUGAGGGACUGUAACAGCAUCCCACUAGUGCUGGGCACUUGCAAAGAAACUUUUAACCUGUAUUAUAUGGAGACUGAUGAUGAGCAUUCUGUCAAGUUUAGAGAACACCAGUUUACAAAGAUUGAUACCAUUGCAGCUGAUGAGAGCUUCACUCAAAUGGAUCUUGGGGAUCGAAUUCUCAAACUCAAUACAGAAGUUCGUGAGGUGGGACCAGUCAGCCGGAAAGGAUUUUACUUGGCUUUUCAAGAUGUGGGAGCAUGUGUUGCCUUAGUAUCAGUGCGAGUGUACUUCAAAAAGUGCCCUUUCACUGUAAAGAACCUUGCUAUGUUUCCAGACACAGUACCUAUGGAUUCCCAAUCAUUGGUGGAAGUGCGAGGUUCUUGUGUUAAUCAUUCCAAAGAGGAAGACCCACCUAAAAUGUACUGUAGUACAGAAGGUGAAUGGCUCGUUCCCAUAGGAAAGUGCUUGUGCAAUGCUGGCUAUGAAGAAAGGGGAUAUGACUGCCAAGCUUGCCGACCAGGUUUUUACAAAGCAUCUGCUGGAAAUGUCAAGUGUGCCAAAUGCCCGCCUCAUAGUUCGACAAAUGUGGAAGGUUCUACAAACUGCAAGUGUGAAAAGAAUUACUUCCGUUCUGAUAGAGAUCCUCCCUCUAUGGCUUGUACAAGACCACCUUCUGCUCCUAGAAAUGUUAUUUCUAAUAUCAAUGAAACAUCAGUCAUCCUAGACUGGAGCUGGCCUUUGGACACUGGGGGCAGGAAAGAUGUCACUUUCAACAUUAUAUGCAAGAAAUGUGGAGGAACCACCAAGCUGUGUGAACCCUGUGGUGCUAAUGUAAGGUUCCUUCCACGUCAGAUUGGACUCACCAAUACCACUGUGACUGUAGUGGACCUGCUAGCUCAUACAAAUUACACAUUUGAGAUAGACGCUGUUAAUGGAGUCUCUGAUUUGAGCAUCUUCCCAAGACAAUUUGCUGCAGUCAGCAUUACAACCAAUCAAGCUGCUCCAUCACCUAUUACAAUAAUUAGAAAAGACCGGACAUCUCGGAACAGCGUGUCUCUCUCUUGGCAAGAACCUGAGCAUCCUAACGGUAUCAUCUUGGACUAUGAAGUCAAGUACUAUGAAAAGCAGGAACAAGAGACAAGUUACACAAUUCUGAGAGCAAAAAGCACUAACGUUACCAUAAGUGGUCUCAAACCAGACACAAUGUAUGUUUUCCAAAUCAGAGCCCGGACUGCUGCAGGAUAUGGGACCAAUAGCCGCAAGUUUGAGUUCGAAACCAGCCCAGACUCUUUCUCCAUCUCCAGUGAGAAUAGCCAAGUUGUCCUGAUUGCAGUUUCAGCUGCAGUGGCAAUUAUUCUGCUAACAAUUGUGGUUUACAUUCUGAUUGGGAGGUUCUGUGGGCAUAGUAAAUCAAAACAUGGAGCUGAUGAGAAGAGACUGUACUUUGGUAACGGGCAUUUAAAGCUUCCAGGCCUUAGAACAUAUGUGGAUCCACAUACAUAUGAAGAUCCCAAUCAAGCUGUUCAUGAAUUUGCCAAAGAGCUUGAUUCUUCCAGCAUAUCCAUUGAUAAAGUUGUUGGAGCAGGUGAAUUUGGAGAAGUCUGCAGUGGCCGUCUAAAACUUCCCUCCAAAAAAGAAAUUUCAGUAGCAAUCAAAACCUUGAAGGUUGGUUACACAGAAAAACAGAGGAGAGAUUUUCUAGGAGAGGCCAGCAUCAUGGGACAGUUUGAUCAUCCCAACAUCAUUCGACUGGAAGGAGUUGUUACCAAAAGUAAACCUGUUAUGAUUGUUACUGAGUACAUGGAAAACGGCUCUUUGGAUAGCUUCCUGAGGAAACAUGAUGCUCAGUUCACUGUUAUCCAAUUAGUGGGAAUGCUUCGAGGAAUUGCAUCUGGCAUGAAGUACUUGUCAGAUAUGGGUUAUGUCCACCGUGACCUGGCUGCCCGCAACAUCCUCAUUAAUAGCAACCUGGUAUGCAAAGUCUCUGACUUUGGCCUUUCCCGUGUUUUAGAGGAUGAUCCAGAAGCUGCUUACACAACAAGGGGAGGUAAGAUUCCAAUCCGGUGGACAUCUCCAGAAGCCAUUGCAUACCGCAAAUUCACAUCUGCUAGUGAUGCAUGGAGCUAUGGGAUUGUUCUUUGGGAGGUGAUGUCCUAUGGAGAGAGACCAUAUUGGGAAAUGUCAAAUCAGGAUGUAAUUAAAGCCGUGGAGGAAGGAUAUCGCUUGCCACCUCCCAUGGACUGCCCAGCUGCCUUGUAUCAGUUGAUGCUGGACUGUUGGCAGAAAGACAGAAACAACAGACCGAAGUUUGAGCAGAUUGUCAGCAUCUUGGACAAGCUGAUCCGUAAUCCCAGCAGUCUAAAAAUAAUCACCACUGCGGCUGCAAGGCCAUCUAAUCUCCUUCUGGACCAAAGCAGCAUUGAAAUCUCCGCUUUCCGCUCAACAGGUGACUGGCUGAAUGGCAUUCGGAUAGGACAAUGCAAGGACAUAUUCACAGGAGUGGAAUACAGCUCAUGCGAUUCAAUAGCCAAGUUUUCCUCGGAUGACAUGAAGAAGAUUGGUGUGACAAUUGUGGGGCCCCAGAAAAAGCUUAUUAGCAGUAUUAAGUCUCUAGAAAUGCAUACAAAGAAUGGCCCUGUUCCUGUGUAAACUACCAAAAUGUUGACACUCAGGACAUAACAAGAGGAAGGAAGAAGAUGUUACUGCAAAGGUCAUGGCAAUGAGUGAGAAACAGCAAGACUUCAAAGGCACUCUUGUAACAAUGUGGGAAACAUGACAUUGGGUGGAUAUUGCAAGCCCCCUAAGAGACUCAUAAGAUGAGUUCAAUUGCCUUAAAAUAGGAAUUAAAAAACAUUUUUUUCUAUCACUUAUUCUUGAAGGAGGGUGCUUUUUUCCCCUUUGUAAUAAUGGACUGCUCAAACAUACAAUGCAUUUGAAAGAAAAUGUUUAAAAUGUUUUUAAAAAUCCUUCCAUGUAUCUAGAGAGCCAUUCAAAUGUCAAUGGACUGAAUUCUGCAAAAGGCAAAUGAACUGUGGAUGUAAUGCUGUGUUUUGAUCGACUGUCUAGAGCAGCAAGUAAAGGAUUACCCCUUGCAGUAUUUUUUUAACAUGUAAAAAGUAUAGGUGACUAGUAUUUUAUUUCCUAAAAUAUUUCUAGUAAUGAUAUUUGGGGUGAUACCUCAGACUCGUUUGGCCAUAUUUGCAAUGAUAGUCUUGCAAUAUUCCGUUUCAACUGU